GCCUCGCCCGCUCCCGCCCGCCUAGUCCAAUGGCAGCGCGCCUUGUUGAGGGGUGACGGGAAGAAGGUGUUGCCGAGGCACCGCCCCUUCCCUUUGGCCGCCGCCUGCCGUCGCGACCGCACGUCCCGGGCCUGUCUCGCGCCCCGCCGCCGCUUCCCAAGAUGCGUUACGUCGCAGCCUACCUGCUGGCCGUCCUCGGCGGCAACGAGUCCCCCACGUCAAAGGACUUGAAGAAGAUCCUGGACAGCGUUGGCAUCGAGACGGACGAUGAGCGGAUGAACAAGGUUAUUAGUGAGCUGAAUGGAAAAAACAUUGAGGAUGUCAUUGCUCAGGGUAAUGGGAAACUUGCCAGCAUGCCAGCCGGAGGAGCUGUGGCAGUGUCUGCCGGAGGGGGCUCUGCUGCUCCUGCUGCAGCUGCUGCCCCUGCUGCCGCUGAGGAAAAGAAAGAAGAGAAGAAGGAGGAAUCUGAAGAAUCUGACGAUGACAUGGGAUUCGGCCUGUUUGAUUAAUUAUUUGUUAUAGAGGAAUUAUUAAAAUUCUUUGUUUUAAAUGUU